AUGUCAUUCUCAAUGUUUUCUUCCGGAUCUAGCAAUAGGCCAACUCGAGCGGGAAGCGGUGACGCACGGAGUUUUCCAUUCCAACGACACCGAGUUCAUCCCAACGAAUCUACGCACUUCGAUCAGCCGAGACCCAGAGCCAACGGGCCAUCAACCGAGGCAACUUUUCGAAACGAGUCUGGCAGCUUAUCUUCCGGAAGAGAUCGGUUGCCUGCAGGACGUAACGCCGAAAUCCCCUUCGGAGCUACUUCUGGCGUAGAUCCACAGAUCCGGCAACCAGUCAGGAGAUCGGCUUCGGGAUACGCCGAAACAUCGGAAUCUGAAUCACGGCUCGAUAUUGGCACUGACAUAGUGCAAAGCAUACAAAAUGGCGAACAUUGGGUCAAAGACUUUAUCAAGGGUCGCGACACAAUCAUCGAUACACGGCAUAACAAGGACGUGGAGCGGAUCAAGAUCACCAUCAUUGACACCGGCCUCGAUAGAACUCAUCCAUUCAUCGUCAGGCGUCAAUGGCAGGAGUUCAGGCAAACAGGGAACAAAAGUGUUGCCCUUUUCAAGGACUUUACGACAGAAAACCCUAGCGCAGAGGCAAUCGACGAUGAGGGACAUGGAACUUUUAUCGCUGGGAUCGUGCUCCAGCUUGCGCCAUUUGUUGAGCUUUCUAUAGCCCGAGUGGGCAUAACGCAAGUCUCUUUGAUGGACGAUCCCUACGCAGAAGAAAAAGUCACAGCGGCAAUCAACCAUGCCAUCGAUGUGUGGGACGCAGACAUUAUCUCCACAUCGAUCGCACUCCCUCGAAUUAAAACAUCAGCAUUUCGAGAGGCAGUCAGUAGAGCCACUUGGAAAAACAAAAUAAUAUGCGCUUCCGGAGGCAACUUUGGGGGCUCAAGGGCCAAUGUUGCCUUCCCUGCUCGGCUUUUGGGAGUUUUUAAGAUCUUUGCGAGCGACCACCAUGGCAACAACUGCGCAUUUACCCCCAGGCCAGGCCUGGAUGCGGACUUUUGCUUCAGCAUUCUUGGUCAAGAUGUUGUAUCGAUUUGGCCUGAGGCCCUAUAUCGUAAGGAUACGGGUCUAACAGUGGUAGACAAGAGGAGUUCGAAGAAGCAUCCGGGGCUCUGGGUGGCCAUGUCGGGUAGCUCGUAUGCGACACCAAUAGUUGCCUCCAUUGUUGCCCUUCUUUAUCACUUCUACGACGCAAAUUAUUUUGAGAUGGAUCUCGGGCCGGGAUUGGAAUUCAAGACGAUUGAGGCUAUUCGGGCCAUACUCCUGAAGAUGAGCAUGGCACCAUCUGUUGGUCAGCAUAAUUACCUCAACCCUUGGGUGGGCCGGGAUAACUACUUCAACUUCAGGGGUGAGGAAGAUGGUGUGGCUUUUUUUACGCAAAUGCUCAGGCAUUGCUUGAAUGCAUGGAACAAGUAG